AACUUCAACACAUCGAUGAGUCUCGUGACAAACCACGUGGUCUUUGAAAGAACUUUACAGGCCUUUUCAAUCAAUAAAUUUCUAUAUGUUUCGUAACAUAGCGUAAAAACAUAACGAUCCGAAGCAGUGCAUGAUCGCGAUCUCGUCAGUGCAUAAACAUGUCGAGUGUUCACGAGGAUGGUCAAUUCAGCGAUGCUGAAGAAGGUGAAACGGGGAUGAUCCAGUCACAUGGUAUGCCAGCUUGGAAAUCUGAGAUCACUGCCGAAAUGAAGGAUCUGGUGAUCGAAGCGGUUGAGAACGAUGACGAAGAGGAUUUUUAUGAGGAAGAUAGCGAAGGAGAUUGGGAAAUAGAGCAUACAAUCUCAGGCCACAAAAUAAGAGAUGUAAAGAACGUAAACAAUCACAGUGCUAACGCUCAAAAUGCUUCGAACAAAAUAACAAAUUACCAGCCUUCGGAUAAACUGUUUAGACGUUAUUCAAACAAAAUAAAUAUCGAGAAAUAUGAAGGUCCUUCAUUGCCGCACAAUGCUGCUAAUGUUCUCAUAGAAACAAGCAAAAAAGCUGACAAAGAUCGUAUAAGAACCAAGGACAAACACGAUCGUGCGACUGUUGAACAAGUGAUGGAUCCUCGAACUAGAAUGAUAUUAUUUAAAAUGCUGAAUCAGGGAAUAAUAUUGGAAAUAAACGGAUGCAUAUCUACAGGAAAAGAGGCGAACGUUUAUCACGCAACUUCGAAAACUGGCAUCGAAUUUGCCAUAAAAAUUUACAAAACCUCGAUAUUACAAUUCAAGGAUCGUGACAAAUACGUGAGCGGUGAAUUUCGAUUUCGUCAUGGUUAUUGUCGUCACAAUCCACGAAAAAUGGUACGAACAUGGGCUGAAAAAGAAAUGCGAAAUUUGAUACGCCUGAAUCAAGCCGGUGUUUCAGCCCCAAAACCCAUUCUUUUGCGGAGUCACGUUUUACUAAUGGAUUUCAUUGGCACCGACGGAUGGCCAGCCCCAAAAUUAAAAGACAUGGUUGUCAGUACUGCUAAGCCUCGAAAACUUUAUCGUGAAUGUAUUGAAAUGAUGUGGCGAUUGUACAACAAAUGUAAACUCGUUCAUGCUGAUCUCAGUGAAUACAAUUUACUCUAUCAUGAUGGAUCAAUCGUCGUUAUUGACGUUUCUCAAUCCGUCGAACAUGAUCAUCCUCUCGCACUUGAAUUCUUGAGGAAAGAUUGCACGAAUAUUACUGAAUUUUUCAAGAAGAAUCAGGUAGCCGUAAUGAGUAUGAAGGAUUUGUUCGAUUUUAUUACGGACCCAACCGUAACGGAAGAAAACAUGGACGAUUAUUUGGAAAAAGUUUCGGAAAGAGUGAUGCAAAGUAUGAAUGAAAAAGUCGAUCCAGAACAACAAGUUGAAGAGGAAGUUUUCAAACAAGCAUAUAUUCCUCAAAGAUUGGCUCAGGUAGUCGAUAUCGAGCGAGAUAUCAAUCGAGCAAAAGCAGGAAAAGGAGAUUUGAUAUACAAGACGUUGGUGGGAUUGAAAGCUGAUUUAUCUCAACCUCUGAAGGAACCAGAGAUUUUGGAGAGCGAUAAAAAACCGACUUCCGAAGCUUCUUCGAGCGGAGAGGAGAGCGAAAGCGAGGAGUCUUCUGGGGAAGAUGGAAGCAGUGAGGAAGGAUCGAAAUUCGUCAAUUCGGCACGUCCUCGAAAUGAAUCGCUUGAGGAUAAAAAAGCACGAAAGAAAGCUAUAAAAGAUGAGCGAGCCGAAAAGCGAAAAACCAAGGUGAAGAAACACGUGAAAAAGAGAAAAGAGAGGAUCCUGAAGAGAAAAUAAAUUCGUUGGCAUCCAACUUUCUGUAAA